AUGGUGUCACAUUUGAUUCUUUCUCGUAGGUUUCUCAAACCUAGGUUCCUUAAUUCUGGUUUCUAUGCGUCUCUUUAUCACACCAUUUCCAAUCCUUUGAUAACCUCUCAACAAUUUAUAAAUCGAAACCCCGGUCAAAAUAAUUCAUUUAGUCUAUUUAAGCAAUCCCAAUUUGGGAUUUAUGAUAUUGAAUUUUGUAAAGGUGUUGGGUCACUCUCAAAUUUCCAACUUCUUGUGCACAUUUCUACGACGCCUUCGAGUUUAGAGCAGGAUAAGGAGAACAAGAAUCAGAGUAGUAGUAAUGUUAGUAGUGGAGGGGGAAUCUCUUGGAUUGGCUCGUACUUGCCUAAGCUGGUUCGGCCGUAUGCCCAGCUUGCUCGCCUUGAUAAGCCGAUUGGAACAUGGCUGCUUCUAUGGCCUUGUGUGUGGUCAAUCACCUUGGCAGCACCCCCAGGGCAUCUUCCUGAUUUUAAAAUGUUGUCUCUGUUUGGAUGUGGGGCUUUUCUUUUGAGAGGUGCUGGGUGUACUAUUAAUGAUCUCAUUGAUCGGGAUAUUGAUACAAAGGUAGAACGUACAAAGUUGAGACCUGUCGCAAGUGGUCUUUUAACACCAUUUCAAGGGCUUUCUUUUCUUGGAUUUCAACUGCUUUUGGGCCUUGGUAUUCUUCUACAACUGAAUAAUUAUAGCCGUGUUUUGGGCGCCUCAUCCUUGUUGCUGGUCUUCUCAUAUCCCCUGAUGAAGAGGUUUACAUUUUGGCCUCAAGCAUUUCUUGGGCUGACCUUUAACUGGGGGGCUUUGUUAGGAUGGGCAGCAGUUAAAGGAAAUCUGGAUCCAUUUAUUGUGCUGCCACUUUAUGCCUCUGGAGUUUGUUGGACUCUCGUUUAUGAUACUAUCUACGCACAUCAGGAUAAAGAAGACGACUUGAAAGUGGGAGUUAAAUCAACAGCGUUACGCUUCGGUGAUUCAACAAAAGAGUGGCUUACUGGGUUUGGCAUUGCAAGCCUUGGUGGUCUUGCUCUCACUGGAUUUAAUGCUGAACUAGGGUGGCCAUAUUAUGCAUUUCUGGGAGUUGCAUCUGGACAUUUAGGCUGGCAAAUAUGGACAGUUGACCUUUCUUCUCGUUCCGAUUGCAACAGGAAAUUUGUAUCAAAUAAGUGGUAUGGAGCUAUCAUAUUUGGUGGAAUCCUAGCUGGAAGACUAUCUUCAUAG